UGGGGUCCUUUCACUUCACGUGUGCGCCUGCUGCUCUGCCAUCGUGAGAAGAAACCAUGCCGAAAUCUAAGAGAGACAAGAAAAUUUCAUUAACAAAGACGGCCAAGAAAGGGCUGGAGUCGAAACAGAAACUAAUUGAGGAGUUGCGGAAAUGUGUGGACACCUACAGAUAUCUGUUCAUAUUCUCUGUGGCGAAUAUGAGGAAUAACAAGCUUAAAGACGUCAGGACUGCGUGGAAACACAGCAGAUUCUUCUUUGGCAAAAAUAAAGUCAUGAUGAUUGCCUUGGGUAAAGGACAAACGGAUGAAUACAAAGAUAACUUGCACAAGGUCACCAAGUAUCUACGAGGAGAAGUCGGUGUGCUGUUCACAAAUAAAACAAAGGAUGAAGUACAAGAGUAUUUCAACAGUUUCAAGGAGAUGGAUUACGCACGGGCAGGCAACAAGGCACAGAUGGACGUAACACUGGAUGAGGGACCUCUGGAACAGUUUCCUCACUCAAUGGAGCCACAGUUGAGGCAACUGGGACUCCCCACAGCUCUCAAGAAAGGAGUGGUAACAUUGCUGAAAGAGCAUGACGUCUGCAAGGAGGGAGAUGUGCUCACUCCAGAACAGGCUCGCAUUCUGAAACUUUUCGGUUUUGAGAUGGCAGAAUUCAGAGUACAGAUCAAAUGUGUGUGGAACUCAGAAACAACUGAGUUUGAGAACUUUGCUGCCGAAGAAGAGUCUAUGCAGCAGAACGAAGAUGACGACGAUGAUGGUGACGAUUCAGAAUAAAACGACUGCAUCAGCAUCUGA